AUGCCCUCCCGAGACCUCGAUCGCACCAUCAGGCUCCACAUCUACAACGGCUCGAGAUCCACGAGACCCUCACCGGUCCUGAUAAAUGCCUGCGACAGCGGCUUUACACUCCGCGCAUUCGGCAUCGACGAUGAGCUCUGCCGUCCAAUCGCACAAACAGGCUACCCCGUGGUCGACGUGAAGGACCGCCUGGCAUCCGAACAUCUGUUCCCCGCUGCGUUCGACUAUACCGAGGACGUGGUGAACUGGGCACGGUCUCAACCGGCCCGAUUCGAUCAAGCGCAUAUCUCACUGUCAGGUUCAGCGCAGGCGGCAAUCUGGUCCUGGCGGUCGCCUCAUCUUGGCUGCUCUUCGGCUCUGCCAAAGACAAUGAAGAGUCAACAUUCCACGCUUUUAUCGCAUUCUACCCAUCCACAGAUCUCGCAACCGACCACAGCGAAGAAGCCAGUGGCCAAAUCGAAGUGUAUGACUCGAAGGAUCCUCCCUUUCUUCUCGGAAUUCUGCCAUCCAUGUUAUCGGGACCCCCGCGAGGUCGACACGAGAGAUCCGCGGGUUUCGCCAUCAUAUGCUGAUCCGGCGCGCUUCGACAAGAAUAUGCUGGUUAUCACGACCGAACAGGAUCCGUUCACGGUUGAAGGCGAGGAGCUUGUAGAGAAGGUCCGCAUGGAGGGUCAUAACGUGGAAUGUCAUCGGAUGCAGGAGUGUAUGCACGGGUGGAACAAGAAAUCGAAACGAGGGAGCAAGGGGUGGAAAGCUAAAGAUGAAGCAUAUGGAUAUGCUGCUGAGAUUCUGAAGGUAUGA